GGAGGCAGAGGAAGAGGAGAAGGAGGCAGAGGAGGAGGAGGAGGAAAAGCAGAAUCAGCAACUGGAGGAGGAUCUGCUAUGGAACUGCGUUCGGCAAAAACAAUUAAGCUCCUGGAGAUGGCGCAGAGUGGGGACGCAGAUGCUGUGCGUCGACUGGCAGAAGGCGGUGUGGACUUGGAAGCCGUGAGCGCAUUGCCGGGCCUGACAGGGCUUCGAGCGCUGCACUUGGCCUCUAUUGAAGGCCACGCCCGCACCGUCCAAGAACUCGUCAGAGGCGGCGCUGAUGUCAACGCUCGAUCCGCAGAAGGGGCCUGUGCCAUCCACUACGCCGCCAUAGGAGGCCACACCGAGAUUAUAGGGAUUCUGACAGCGGCAAAGUGCGACCCGAACGCAGUGACGAGCGACGGCGACUCCGCCCUCCACCUGGCAGUGCACAGCAGUAACCUAUCGACCGUGAGAUGCCUCAUCAGAAGCGGCGUGGACUUCGCCCGCGGCAACAGGGGAGGCCUCACCCCCUUGGAUAUCGCAGUGGCAGUUCAGAAAGCAGACAUAGCAAGUCACUUGGUGGAGGUCAGUGUGGAGAGAGCGUUGGAAUCUGAGGACACGGGAAUCCUCGUCCGGUUGCUCCAGGAGGGGGCUAAGCUCGACCAUCUGAUCGUGCAGCGGAGCAGCGAAGGCAUGCGAGCGGUUCACUACGCUGCCAGACACGGCUCCUUGGAGAUGCUGGCUUUGCUGAAGGAAAGGAACGUGGACAUGACAUCAACUACCGUCGAGGGGCACACGGCCCUCCACUGGGCGGCUCUGGGCGGCCAGACUGACGCCGCCCGGUGGCUGGUGGAGCACGGGGGACUCGACGCCGCCUGCCGGAGCAAGAGCGGCGCGACGGCUUUGGACGUGGCGUUGAAGGCGAACAAGGCGGAGGUUGCUGAUUUCUUGAGAAGGGUAUAUAAACGCACGGUGCUUCCCGUGGUACAACUUGCUGACCAAAGCAACCAUCUUGCUUCCCAGAUUACCCGUGUCGGUGGUCUUGGAAACAAUAGGCGCCAACCCCAUGAAGGAGAAGCAGGAGCAGCAGCAGAAGCAGCAGGGGGAGGAGGAGUUGGAGCAGUGGGGAGAAAGGGAGUAGGAGAAACAACUGGAAGGGGAGAAGCACGUGCCAUGGCUCAGGGCCUGAAGGAAACAGACAAGAUUACCCGUGUUGGUGGUCUUGGAAGUAACGGCAAUGCGGACCAACCCCGUGAAACGGUGGUGAUCAUUGAGCAAGGAGUAGAAGCAGUAGAAGCAGAAGCAGGAGGAAGAGGAGUAGGAGUUGGAGCAGCGGAGAGAAAGGGAGCAGAGGCAACAACAGGAAGGGGAGAAGCACGUGACAAGGAGACCCGCGGAGCAGGGGACGCAGGAGCCGCGCCGAGGAAUCCUCCUCCUCACGCGCGAAGGGCCGCUCAGGAACCCGGACGGGCACGAGGAACACCGGAGUUGGACGCGAAGCUCCUGAAGGCGGCGAGCGACGGGGACCUGAAGGGAGUGAAGAUGUGGCUGGACGAGGGAGCCGACAUAGAGGCGGCUAGCUCAGCUAAGGGCGAGGAGAAAGGGCUCCGUCCGCUCCACCUGGCGGCGUGGGCGGGGCACGCGGGCGUCGUCCGUGAGCUUCUGCGUCGUGGCGCCGAUAUCAGAGCAAGGGGCCGAGACGGAUACUCUGCCAUCCACUAUGCUGCCAGAGGGGGCUUCGACGAGGUGUUGAAGAUCCUUCACGAGAAUAAGUGCAACAUGAGAGCCAAAACAGACAGUGGACAGACGCUCCUCCACGUGGCAGCCGACAACGGAAACCUAAAGGCCACCGAAUGGAUAGUUGAACACACAAAUGUUGACCUCGAAGUCAAGAACAACGAUGGCAAGACAGCUUUGGAAGUGGCCCACAUAGCGAAGCAGAAGGCCAUAGUCAAUUACCUGAUGAAGACUCCUGCUCAAGAGGCAAUCCAAAAAGGAGAUUUGAGCAAAGUGAGAGAACUGGUCGCCGGAGGAUUCGACGCGAACGCGGUGUUUCAGGAGAAGAAAAACAAAGAGUGCCGGCCACUUCACCUCGCUGCUGAGGGAGGACAUGCGGACAUUGUGAAAUUUCUCCUUCGCUCGGGAGCUCAGGCAGAGGCAGAGAAUUACGAAGGCAUGACGCCGCUCCACUUGGCGUCCUGGGGCGGGCACGCAGAGGUCAUCAAGGUCCUGCUUGGCGGAGGCGCAAAGGGUGAUGCAAGGACCAAAGAAGGCAUGACGGCGGUCCACCUGGCGAGUAUGGGCGGCCACGUGUCCUCGAUGGAGGCGCUGACGCCCACGUGUGACAUCCUUUCAGUCACUCGCGAAAGGAAGUCGGCGCUCCACCUGGCGGCCGAGUACGGAAACUUGGACGCUGUCGAAUGGCUGCAUCUACAAGGGCUUGACUCUUCUUUAAAGGAUCAUUCAGGCCAGACGCCUCUCCAGUACGCGAAGGACGAGGGGCACAAGAAGGUGGUGGAGUUCCUCAAACGCCAUGAUCAACAGACCCUCAACCGGAAUGGCAUAGAGUUACACAGUGCCGUAGCAGAAGGAAAUUUGGGUGAAGUAAGAAGAAUCAUUGGACUUGGCGCAAACCUGAGCCUCCCAAGCAUCGUAGAAGGAGAAGAUGGUCGCCAAGCCCUUCACACAGCCGCUCUCCUUGGCUACACGGAUAUUCUACUAGAACUUCUGAGGAGGGGAGCUGACAGGAACGGGACGGACAGUCGGGGCAACACUGUAGUGCACUAUGCAACGCUUCACGAAGACACCCGCUUGCUGGAUACAUUACACCUGGAACACGUAGAUGUGGCCUCUGCCGUGAACUUCAGUGGUGAAACCCCUUUGCACAUCGCCGCCUCCAGAGGAAACGUGAAAGUCCUCGAAUGGCUCUUGCGAAAGGGCGUCAAGGUGAACCACAAGAAUUCCGUGGGUAUGACAGCCGAAGAGGUGGCCGCCUCGAAGCGCCAGUAUGGCGCUGCUGAAGUUCUGUCUAAAAAUGUUGUAAAGAUUGACAAAGCAGAGGGACUUAAGAGCCUUGGUAAUACAUGCUACAUGAACACUAUCCUGCAGUGCCUCUUCUACAUCAAAGAAGUUACAGCUUUCUUCAAAACUGAUAGAUACAAGCAAGAACUGGUCGGACCCAGGCUCCAAGCCAACGUCACUGAAUCUUUCGCCGCUGUGGUAAAAGCUCUCACCUAUGGAGGAAAUUAUGUAGGUGCUUUGCAAGAUUUCAAGAGCGCAGUGUGCGGGUACGACCCCCUCUUCCUCGGAAACGACCAACGUGAUGCGCACGACUUCCUGUCCGCGUUCCUUUUUGCUGCAAUGAAGGAAUUCAAAAAUCAAGAUAAUUCUUCCUUCAAAGACCUGUUUUUCGGUAAGGAGCAGGCGGUGAUUAAGUGCGUGAAAUGCAAAAGAGAAGUUUUGCAAAAAGAUGAAAUAUUUUCUAUCUUGACACUCACAGUCACGCCAGAUCAACACAGAACGCAAUUGGAGAGCUUGAUAGCCAGCGCUUACGACGAACAACGGAUUAAGUGGGAUUGCAACAAAUGCAACAGCACAUUUUGUACAAGGAAGGUUUCUAUCGAGGUUCUCCCAAAGAUCCUCAUCAUACACUUCAAUAGGUAUUCGCCGAACAGCAAAAGCGUCCACAAAACACCAGUAUACUAUCCACUUAAAGUCACAAAUAUGAAGAAUUAUAUGGUCAAGGCAUCCCGCAGCGACGCUCCCAACUACCAGCUGCGCUCCGUGGCCUGCCAUCGCGGCUCCAUGACCGGCGGCCACUACACCGCCAUCUGCAGCAAUGAAGACAGAUGGUCCAGGUUCAGCGACGAGCAGGUGGUGCCCGUCCAAUCACCGCAGAGCCAGGAGGCGCACAUUCUCUUCUACGAGGCGGAAGCAGGGAGAAGUUUCCUGCCGAAAUGGCUCCAUUGAUUUGAAGCAAACACACACACACACAACCACACGCAUAAUCACACACACACACACACACAAUCACACACAUAAUCACACACACACACACACACACACAAUCACACAGAUAAUCACACACACACACA